ACCCAAAUUUUUUCGGUUGGUUAAAAAUCUCCACCCCUUUAACCAAUUUCUUGUAAAUAUCCACACGGGAUAACUUCUUUAUUUUAAAGAAAUUACUACUCCCCUCCACAAACAAGGGAUACGAAAGUACUACGGGUAUCACGAAGAGUUAGUUUACGUAUUUCCUGGUGUUUAUAUCAUAACUACUUUUCCCACAAACCGACGUUUUUCUCUGGACUCCUUGAUUGGUUUGCUUCAGUAUCGAGAAAAAUUUUCCUCCCCUUUGCCAUCCCAGAUUCGCGACCUCUGAUUGGCCCGUUUCUGUUUUCCGGUACACACACCUUUUUCCACACAUCCGCACGACCACAAUGGCUUUGUGUUCGCAGGCCUUCAACAAGUCGAUCAAGAGAAGCUGUUCCGCGACCGACCUGGGUGCUACCACCAAGAAAACCUGUUUUAACAGUUACCGUUUUCCUGGAUGCACCCUUGCGUCCCGCGCCAUUGACACCGAUACCACCGCCCGUGGCGUGUCGAGCUCUGACGAUGACGAAAACUCUGACGACGAGCAGUUGUGCUACAAAUUGCACCAGAUCAAAGCCAAGAGAAGAGCCAGCUCCAGAAUCUCGUUCUCGUUGAACCCAAACUUGGAGUUGUCCAAGUUCAUUUCCAAGUAUAGCGACGAAGAUGAAGAUGGUGAGAAUCACUCGCCCAAGAAUCGCCUGGAGUCAGACUUUAGACCUUACUCAUCUCCUCCAGUUCCGGUUGAAGAACAAGAAUGUGACUUUAAACUCGUCCAGGUUCCGAAGGCCGACAAGGUUUCGCGGUCCAAGUGCUUUGAGUACUUGGUAGGUGCCAUUGACGAGGCGUGGGCCAGAUACUGUGAUGCCACUUCAUGUAUUGAAGAUGAGGUUUUCUACAGUGAUGACAACAACAACAGAAGAGAGAUCUCCCAGUACAUGAAGGGACCUCGUGGUGCCAGCACGACGAAUGCUGGUUCCAGUUAUUAUUACAAUAACGGUAAUAAUACAAAUAAUGAUGAUGCUAGUGAUGACCAUGGCAGAACCCUUAAGGAUUCGGAUUAUGAGUAUGAUGAUGAGGAACUUGAAGACGAUAAGAGUGAGAUUAUCGACAAUUACUCGGUCAAUUCUACCGACUUGACCGACAUGUCGGACCACUACGAUCAAAAGUCCAAAGUGUUGGCUAACUACAGAAAUAACCAACUUUUAUCCAUCAAGAGAUCUAACUCUAAUAAAUCCACAAACCAAUAUCAAAAGAUGAAGGAUCGCUUGACCAAAGCCAAGUACUAUUUACAGGACUUGGUGGAUUCCGACGACUAUCAAGAUAUCCAAAACUUUUGGAAUCGGUGGGAUAUGAUCAAGUAUGCCACCAUUGAAUUGGUUGAAGAUGAUGACGACGACGAAGUCAUCGAGUCCACCAUCGACGACCUCGAAGCAGGUCGUUAUUUUGUAAAUUAAUUUAUAAGUCUGCAGUUUUUGUUGAAGUUGGGGUAUUUUAUUUGCUUUUGAAAGUUUAUGGUUAUAUAGGGUAAAUGUAUAAUAGAAAAUGAAAAAGGCUUGA